CCAUGUUAAUAGAAGCUCAAAAAGGUCUGGAACGCUUCACUCUGGUUGGGCGUUAUUGCUUCAUUUCCGACAUAAUCCUGGCUUUAACCACCCAGUCCCAUUCCUUGACAUACGUCGAACUAAUAAUAAAUGAUUUUUUCGAGGACGAUCUGUCACUCUCCUCAUUGGUGAAAUGCAAGAAUUUGGAAACUCUAAUACUUAACGAUUGUGUAAGUCUUACCACUCGAAAAAUGUUACCACUGAUGGAGUCAGCAUUACCACGUAUUAAGACUAUAGUGUUUGCCCGUACUGAUGCUAAGCCGGAGGAUGUCAUCAAAUUUAUCAUGAACAAUAGUGCAAGUGUGCAGAACGUUUCUGUAAUGUUCACCAAACGGGAAGAAAUUCCCCCGCUUUAUAAAAUGCUCAGUACAUGUGUGCAACUAGAGAAACUGAUUAUUUCUGGAUGGAGGUUGUGUGCGGAUGAAUUCUUAGGAAAGAUUGGAAGUUUGUUGCCAUCGAAAUUAAAAUAUCUUAAUAUUACAGCUGAAUGGAGUUUCGAACCGGUAUCAUUGAGAGCAUUCUUGGAUAACUGUAGAUCCCCGUUAGAAUAUUUUGGAUUACCCCUUUGCGAAUGUUUGAAGAAUGAACAUUUGGAGGUAAUUGCGGGGUAUUCAAAAAAGAGGGCCACUCUAAAGCGUUUGAAAAUAUUUGAUGCAGGGGAUAAAAUUAUACGUGGAUUAAAGAGAGUUGGUGAGCUCAUUGAUGAUGUUGAACUUGUAGAUCCAGAUGCACAUAUUUCCAAUACUUUUGAUGAUUGA